UCCUCGUGGGGGCUGGCAGUCUCGUUCAAGCUCCGGAUUGUGAAGGAUUCCUGGGCGAGCAGCGGGUCUCUGUCCCCCUCUCCAGGGGCUCCUGGACGGGACCUUGCUCUGGAAGGAACCAUGGGCCUCUGGCUUUGGUCACUUUACUUCCUGCCAGUAUCUGGGGCUCUGAAGAUCCUCCCAGAAGUCCACGUGGAGGGGGAGCUGGGCGGAUCCGUUAUCAUUGAGUGCCCACUUCCUAAAACGGAAGUGAGGCUAUACCUGUGCCGGGAGACAAGUGGCUCUGGAAUAUGUAAUACUGUGGUGUCCAGCACCAACUUCAUCAAGAAGGAAUACAGGGACCGAGUCACUCUGGAGCUGUGCCCAGACAAGAAUCUGUUCUUCGUGGAGGUGACAGAGCUGACCGAAAAUGACAGCGGAGCCUAUGCCUGUGGGGUGGGCAGAAACACAGACAAGGGGAAGACCCAGAAAGUAACCCUGAGCGUCCAUAGCGAGUAUGAGCCAUUCUGGGAAGAGGAGCUGAUGCCCGAGCCUCCAAAAUGGUUUCAUAAAUUUCUGCCCCUGCACAUGUCCCCUUGGUUCCAGGCGCCUACACGUGCCAGUUCUUCCAAAUUCAUAUCCAAAGUUACCACACAGGCUCAAAGGACUGAGGUCCCUCCAGCCCACCACCCCUCCCCCACCACCCUGAUCAUCCACCACCCUCGAGUUUCCAGAGCAUCUUCAGUAGCAGCUACCAAGCCCCCAACCCUCCUGCCGUCCACCACAACCUCAAAGACCUCAGCUCAGGAGAGGUUGCUCGGGCCUCGGACGGCCAGCUACAACCACCACAACAGGCUGCACAGGCAGAGAGCACCCAACCGUGGCCCGCAGUCUGGGAGGGAAGGCCCAGGAUUUCACAUCCUCAUCCCGACCACCCUGGGCCUUUGCCUGCUGGUCCUUCUGGGGCUGUUGGUGAAAAGGGCAGUUCAAAGGAGGAAAGCCCUUUCCAGGCGGGUCCGCCGACUGGCCCUGAGGAUGCGCGCCCUGGAGGCCUCGCAGCGGCCCCUGGCGCAGAGGCCCGGCACGUCGCGGCGGCCGCGCUCCCAGAACAACGUCUACAGCGCCUGCCCGCGGCGCGCUCGGCCGGCGGACGCGGCAGGCGACAGGGAGGGUCCAGUCCCAGGCCCCGGAACCUCGGCGCCCCCGGCCCUGCCGCAGGAGUCUGAAGCUCCCUGGCUCCACGCCUCGUCUUUGAAGACCAGCUGUGAAUAUGUGAGUUUCUACCACCCACCUGAUGCCAAGAUGGAGGACACCGAUUCAGAUGACUACAUCAAUAUUCCUGCCUUACUCACCUCCCUGGCUGUCCCCCUGGGCCCAGACAGUGGUGCCAAUGAGUCUUCUCUCUCUGCCAAUUUCCAAUAUCCGCUCCAUUUGUCCUCAGAGCCCUCAUUACCUCCCAUGCCCCACCUCAACUCUCAGCCCCAUGUAUCUGUGCCCUGAGCAUGGCUCUGCCUCCAGCUCCUCUUACACAUGUUUGCAGCCCCCUGUGGUUGUUGGGGGGAUUCUGAAUGUGCAGAGCAUUUGUCCUAGUGCCACCAGCUUCCUUUCCAAACCAUCUGACAGGCUGUGGGAUUUGUAGUGUUUACUCAGUAUCUGUCAUCACAGAGUCUUUGCAGCACUGGCUCUAGGUCACAUGGGGUCAGGCUGGAGCAGAGGCAUAGCUGUUGCUUCAGGGGUCUUCCCAGGCCUCACACAAGUAGGAGGCUCUUGGUUGACGUCAUGAGGACGUGCCCCAGCCCCACGAGCUAGGCAGGGCCUGGCAUGAAAACACUCCUGGGAACAUCUUUGCCCUGAUCCAAAAGUUGGCACCUGGUAGUGAGCUUCUACUUAUCUCAGCUUCUAUGGUAAGGGCAAUUUAUUUUGAUGUGAUGAUGCAUUCUACAUUUUCAGAACCAGGCUCGUUAGUGUUAGUGAGAUAUACAUAUAUAUCCAUAAACCCUCUUUACUCUGUGCCCCUCACUUGAUGCACAUAAGUACCCUGAUCUUGGCAUCUCCCCUCUUUUAGAAAUCAUCUUUGUCAUCCCCUUAUCCUUCUUCCACAGCCUGGCAUUGACAUUUGUGCAUUUAUCUAAACUUUGGUUGAUUUUAACCAUCCUAAACCAUUACAUCUCUCUGCUUUCGAAACAUCCCUCUUCUCUUUGCCAGUUGCAGACAACAUAUAGCAAGGUGGGGAAGGAGUGCGAUCUGGGUUUCCUGGAGGGCCGGAGGCUCUGCAAUAGCACUGAUGUUGUGGGAGAAGAGACAUCUCAUUUCCUACCUAUACUCUUUCCCUUAAGAUUUUGGAGCAAGGUCAUAGUCGGACAUUAUAGCUUUAGAUUGAUGUCAACUAUGAAGUUCAGCCAGAGCUUGAGGCUAGAGAAUGCCCAGUCUUGCUGUUGGGAAGAAGGCCUUUCCCAGAUAGACAGCACAGUCUCCCUGGGCAUCUGCCCAGAAGUAAAAAGGAAAGGCUGCCAGACUUGAGUUGUGUUGCCUUUUAUUAGCAGGAAAUAUCAUCGCAGAUUGGACAGUACGUCCAGGUACAAUGACCCCAUCAGCAAUGUCAGCUUGACAAUGGCACCCUCUCAAGUGGCAGACAAAGGGACGAAUGGCUAGAAUGAGAAUAGGAGGGCACCCAAAGGAAAGGGACAGUGGGGUGGGCUGGUGAGCAUGGGCAGGAAAUGAAAUGUUUAGUGGGUAUCUGCUUCAUGCUGGGCACUUUAACCUUAGUUUAUCUUUCAUCAUUUACUUUUCAAAUUGGUGCCCCUCAUCCCCACCCCAGUGCUGUCCCUGCAGAUGUCAUAAGACAGUGUGGCUUCCAUGCCCUAAAGUUCAAUUUUACAUCAUCCCAGCAUCCUCAUCAUUCCUCGACAAUCCAAAGACAAGCAAGAAACCCAGUUUAUUAAGUAUUUACUGAGUACCCAUCCACUGCCCGUACUGUGGCAAGGAUCACGGGGACAAAAUAGAAGCACGGGGCACUGUAUUCUGCUGCCUUCAUGGAACUUACAGUCUCACAAAUAAAUAUAACUUCAGUUCAAACACUGACAAUAAUUAAAUAGAGUUGUAAUAAAUACGGGAAUCCACCUUGUAAACUAUUCACAGCAUCCGAAGGCACCUUCCAUGACUGUCGCUGAGGCUGCUUAAAGAAUAAGGUCUUUGGUAACAAGCCUGUUCCAAGGGGGUGGAGUGCCCAGAGAACAGCGCAGGAAGGGACACCCAUUUGAAAUGACACAGGGGACAGGUGUGGAGGGGAUGCUGGUCCAGGCAUCAGAGCUGGUAGAAUUUCUCCAUCCAGGUCAGGAGAAUGUCCACUUCCCCAAAGGCUUUGGUCAGAGCUGCUUCUAUGUCCAACUAAAAGGAAAGGAGAGUUGAAGGCCACACAUGUUUGCUGUGAGAAUGGUGUUCCCCAAAACAGGCCUGACUCUAGAUCAUGGGCUGGGUCACCUUUGGGAUGACCUUAAUGAACUCACCUCUCUACCACUUGUCCCCCAUCUAUACAAGCUUAUCCGCUCAGGGGUGAGGACAAAUGGGCCAGUGAGUAGCAGUGGGUGAGGAGCACAGGGAAGCAGGCGGUGGCCCCAGCAACAGGACCACAGCCUCCAGCAUGGGCUGCAGGUGGCCCAGCACCUGCGUCCACUGUGCCCACGAGGAAAUGAGCCCAGGUGCCCCCUUCCUGUCGGAUGUUACUGUCUUCACCAUUUAUUUACAGGCUGAGGUAUCUAUUCCUCAAAAAAGUGAUUAAAAUCAUAUGUUUUUGGAGAAAG